UCCGUUACCAUGGUGAUCACUUGUUUGAAAAUAUUCGCCACUGUCAAAUUCACGUCAAACUUUAAUGUUGUUUAUCCAAAUUUACGAUGGAGGGCCAAGCUGAUGAAACGAACGAGAUCGAGUCUCAGGUCGAGCUGCCGGAGGAGCCUCAACUGCCAGAGGAGCCUCAGCUGCCGGAGAAGUCUCGUAGCCACGAGUCCAUUGUACCGCAGAGUGCAUACGUUAUCAAACCGAGUCUACCUGAAAAGUUUAAGCAACUGCCAAUCAAAGAAAUCAUCAUGCAGGUGCUACUGAAGACCCUGGUCGGGAAGACCUAUGAUAGUGUUGAGGCCAAAAAGUGGACCACAUCUAUAGCUAAUAAUGUCAGUGAAGAUAUCAAAGAAUUGCAUAUGAAAAGGUAUAAGCAUGUGGUGCAGGUGACGAUUGGAGAGAUGAAAGGGGCCGGAGUGAAGUCAGGUCUGAGAUGUCUCUGGGACUCCGAGACUGAUGGUUACACCAGUGAGAUUUACAUGAAUGACUCCAUCUUUGCUGUGGUUGUAGUUUUUGCUAUUUAUUUGUAUUAGUUUUCUUUUAUGUAAUAUAUUUUUAAGAAGUA